GUCCGAAUAGAAAAGGACAAAAAGGGAACUAAUUUCGUAUCGUGCGACUUACGACUUACUGCAAGGAAACUACUGAACUGCUGAACUGACAAAACGACCGGUUCGUUGCUCGUUUCGUGGUUCGUUUUCUCUCUUGUGAUCAGCUUCAAUCUUGAAAGAAAUAAAUCUGGAUUGUAGUACUAUGACAACUGAUCCAAAGCGCGCCAGCAAUAAUAGUGAUAUGGAAUCUAUAGAAGACGAAGAUGAUAAGAACAGUAUAGAGCUUACCACCCAAAAUUUACGUAGACAUGAUGUCCUAGCUGCUCUGCAAGAUCGUAUUUCUGCACCAGGAUUGGAGCAAAUGCAGUCUCUUCCAGCUCCUGUAAAACGCAGAAUUAAAGCUUUAAAACAAUUGCAAUUAUUUACCACUAAUAUCGAAUCAAAAUUCUAUGAGGAUAUACAUACUUUGGAAUGUGCUUAUUACAAACUGUACGCUCCUCUUUACGAGAAAAGACGCGAUAUAGUAUCGGGUGCUUACGAACCAACAGACACGCAAUGCGUGUGGGAGAGCGACGACGAAGAAGAAGGAUUAACUAACGAUUUGAAAGCAAAAGCAAAUCUUGAAGAUGUUAAAGAGGAAACUAAAGAAGAGCCUGAAAGCGAAGACGUUAAAGGCAUCCCAGAAUUCUGGCUCACAAUAUUUAAAAAUGUUGGACCAUUGGCUGACAUGGUUCAAGAACACGACGAACCAAUAUUGAAACAUUUAUACGAUAUUAAAGUGAAAUUCCUCGAAGCUAAUCCAAUGGGUUUUGUUCUUGAGUUCCAUUUCGAACCGAACGAAUACUUCACUAACUCGGUUCUAACUAAAGAAUAUAUUAUGAAGUGCAUACCUGAAAAAAAUGAUCCAUUCAGUUUCGAAGGACCUGAAAUAUACAAAUGUAAGGGAUGCGUAAUCGAUUGGAAGAAAGGAAAGAAUGUUACCGUAAAAACUAUAAAAAAGAAUCAAAAACAUAAAUCUCGAGGGUCCAUACGAACUGUAACGAAAACUGUUCAGAAUGAUUCGUUUUUCAACUUUUUCAGUCCACCAGUUGUGCCAGAUGAUGCAGAAGCGGAAAUCGACGAUGAAACUCAAGCAUUGUUAACGAGCGAUUUUGAAAUUGGCCAUUACAUUAGAGAGCGUAUAGUUCCUAGAGCUGUUCUAUAUUAUACAGGGGAGGUUUUAGAAGACGAAGACGAGGAUUACGACGAGGAGGAAGGUGACGAGGACGAUCCUGAGGAUGAAGACGAAGAUGACGAAGAGUCGGCACCAUCAGCCCCUGAGAGCAAUAUGGUCUAUGAGAACAAUUUUAUGGUAAUGUAGACAAUAAAAUGUCUACAUUUUAAAUAUUAAAUAUUUAACAUUGGAAAACAAAUGUUUGUUUACAAAAGUAUCAAGAUAUAUACAUUCAGCGACAUCUUGGUAAAAAUGGCAGGAUCACAAAGUCGAUGCCAUGCCAUGCCAAUUGCCACUUGACAAGCUUUCGUC